UAUACUCAAAGUGGACGCUACUGUAAUUACAACGUCCUCUCACUGCCACAAGUUGUAUAUACACAUAAAAUUGCCAUUGCCUUCUCGCCACUUAAUACAAGUACACAAAAACAAAAAGAGAGCAAAAACACAAUCAUCUCUCCAUCUCCCUCAACCAAACCUUCUGCACAAAGUUUAAGAUUACAAGCCACAUUCCCAACUAUCCCCCGAAAGGAGUCUAGCGCCCCAACGGAAGGGAUGUUAAAUCCGUUGUGACCAAGACUCGAACCCGGGUGGCGGGCAGUACAGCUGUACCUCCUUUACCACCAAGCUACGAGCGCUUGGUUAGCUCAUAUUAUCUUGUUAAUUAGGUCUUUAUCUAUAAGUUUUCUUCACCUAUUCUGAUGUUGCAUCUAAUUUUCCGGUUCCUGAAUCGUAUUAAGAAGUUUUUAAGACUUAAUUCAUGUGCUGGGUUACGGUAGAUCGAGUGAUGUUUCGGCAGUUUUAGUUUCCACAGUUCCAUCCACUUUAUGUUUUUUUUGGGGGGUUAAAUUUACUUAGCAUACUAUUUAUAAUUUUCUUUAGAUUUAUUAGAUAGAUUGAGGCAAAUAGUUAUUAUUAAGUGACUACAUAAACUAUUCAUUACUGUUGUGUAGGAGGCAAAAUGAAUUUGUUGUAUAUCAUUGUCGCAAUUGUCUUCCUUGCAUCUAUACUUGUUGCAAAGAACAGUAGAAAAUCAAAGAAGAAUCUACCUCCUGGACCACCAAGACUUCCUAUAAUUGGCAACUUGCACCAACUGGGAUCCAAACCUCACCGCUCCAUGUUCAAAUUAUCUGAAAAAUAUGGACCUCUAAUGUCCCUCAAGUUUGGAAAAGUGUCUACCGUUGUGGCCUCAACUCCAGAGACGGUGAAAGAUAUCUUGAAAACAUUCGACCUUGAUUGUUGUUCACGGCCUUACAUGACUUACGCUGCAAGAAUCACAUACAAUUUAAAGGAUCUAGGCUUUUCUCCAUAUAGCAACUAUUGGAGGGAGCUACGAAAGUUGACGGCUACUGAACUGUACGCCGCGAAGAGGGUACAGUCGUUUCAACAUGUGAGAAAAGAAGAAGUCGCAUCGUUUGUUGAUUUCAUCAAACAAUCCGCUUUACUGGAGAACCCGGUUAACUUCAGCCUCAAGUUAAUGACAUUGUCAGGAAGUGUGAUCUGUAGAGUUGCAUUUGGGAUACGUUUUCAAGGGAGUAAAAUUGAGAAUACUUAUGAUGAAGUCAUUCAAGGAAUCAUGGAGGUUGUUGGGAGUUUCGCAGCAGCAGAUUACUUCCCUGUUAUUGGCAAAAUCAUCGAUAGGAUCACAGGGCUACAUAGCAAAUGUGAAAAGGUUUUCAAAGUAAUGGACGCUUUUUUCGACCAGGCUAUACAACAUCAUUUAGAUGAUGAGAGUAUUAAAGAUGAUAUCAUUGCCUUGCUCCUAGAGAUGGAAAGAGGAGAGCUUGGACUUGGAGGGUUUAAACUUACUCGAAGCCACACCAAAGGAAUACUUCUGAACAUUCUUGCUGCUGGAAUAGACACUUCUGCCCAAACUGUGACAUGGGUGAUGACACAUUUAAUUGCAAACCCAAGAGUUAUGAAGAAAGUGCAAGCAGAAGUGAGAGAAGUGAUCAAAAACAAAGACAACAUCACUGAAGAAGAUAUAGAACAACUGGAGUAUCUCAAACUGGUGAUCAAAGAAACAUUAAGGAUUAAUACACUUGUGCCACUUCUAAUCCCAAGAGAGGCUUCAAAAGAUAUAAAGAUCGCGGGUUAUGAUAUUCCAAAGAAAACAUGGAUCCAUGUAAACGUUUGGGCUAUUCAUAGGAAUCCAAACGUUUGGAAAGAUCCAGAAGCUUUUAUCCCGGAGAGAUUUAUGGAUAAUGAGAUCGACUAUAAGGGUCUAAACUUUGAGCUCUUGCCGUUUGGUAGCGGAAGGAGAAUGUGUCCUGGUAUGGGUAUGGGUUUGGCUUUGGUACACUUGACACUUAUCAACCUUCUUUACCGUUUUGAUUGGAAGCUUCCUGGAGGAAUGAAAGCUGAAGAUGUUGAUAUUGAAGAAUCAUAUGGACUUGUCUGCCCUAAGAAAAUUCCACUUGAACUUAUCCCGGUCCUUACUCAUUGGACCUAAAUUUAUACUUUCUUUUUAUAAUUCAAGAUGGUAUGGACUUUGUCUGUCAAUUGAUGAAUACAUUGUUUAGCAUAUUUUAUUUGAUAAGCAGAAAUUUUUUUCUGAAGUUA